UUUUUUUUAAAGUUGAUUGGGGGGGAAGAAUAAGAAAGGGAAAAAAGUGCAGAGACACAAGAGGGGAGGAAAGGCUCUGAGCAUCAGAGCUCAGCUGGAGCCCCCCUGGCCCCCCUCUACGGUCGUGCAGCCCCCAGCAGGACGAGGACGGCGGCAGACUGAAGGAUGCAACAGUUGCUGCAGGACAUCAGCAGCAUGUCCGUCCAAUUAGCCAGCGCUGGUCUUCAUUAACGAGCUGGAAUGGAUCCGAGGAGUCGCUCGGGGGUGAUCGGCGCACCAUGAGCAUGCAUCGCGUCGUGCACAGGAGGCGCAGGCUGCGGGCUCUGUGGGCUUCUCUGGCCCUGCUGGCUCUCUCCGUGGCCGCCUGCAGCGCGCUCUUCACGGCGUGGACCUGGCGUCAGACGCGGGACCUGUCCCAGUCCUUCCACAUCCUCCAGGACCGCCUGGAGCAGGUCAACAGGCAGAGGAAGGCCAUUGUGCAGCUCAUUCUGGAGAAGAGAGAGCUGCUGGUUGGACAGAGAGUCAAGAGAGAUGGGGGGACGCUACGCGGGAAGAAUGGAAACGGGAAGAAAGCGGCGUCUCAUUUCGAGAUCACCAGAGUGUCCUCUCAGCAAGUGGGCGAAGGAGGCGUGAUUAAAGGCUGGGAGGAGCGGGUGCUGAAUAUGAGCAAAGCAGUGAGGUACAACAAGGAGGAGGGCACCUUUAUUGUGGAGAAAGCAGGCGUCUACUUCCUCUUCUGUCAGGUUCUCUUCAACGAGCAGGAGUCUCAGUACGUCAAGCUGGACGUGGUGACCAGUGGCGGGAGGCCUCAGAAGCUGCAGUGCAUGGAAGGCUACGGGACCACCCCCUCGGCCGGGCCGCACCCCUCCCACUUCCUGAAGCCGUGCCAGGUGUCGGGCCUGCUGCGUCUGGACAAGGGCACGGAGUUGCACGCCAUGACGGGCCCGUCGUUCCGCCUGCACACGGUGGGCAACCCCUCGGCCUCGCCUCACGUCUUCAGCAUCUUCAAAGUCAACUGAGACGAGACGGUUGCCAGUGCGCGGGGACGAUCGUUUGUUCCCACCCCUCUAACCCCCAGAGGAAAAACUCCCGGUGCCACGGCGGUUGCGGCGUGGCAUCCUCCCGCCACCCCUUCCCGAAGACGCUCAUUUGAAAGACAAACCUGACAUUUGUGGAAGUUGUUGUGGACUCUGGAAAAAGCGCUGGUGUUUUGGAAAGGCCGCGCACAGACGCUGGACUGGAAGCGAGCGCUCCGGCCGAGGGACACAGACCGGAUGGAAGCUAAUCUUCCUGGGAUUUCUAUCUUCGCCGUAUCCUGUCGUAAAUUCUUCUUCAUUCAGCCAACAGACGAGCUGUGCUUGCACCUUCAAACAUGACAAGAACAUGUCUUUUUUGUAUUUGCUACUAUUUGUCGUAUUUAACCAAUACCAGCAUGAGUGUGAGGACCCGCAGAAAAAAAACAUCAAGGACCAUCGACCAAUACCACUUUUAGCCUUAUGAAGCCUAAUCAAUAUAUUUAGCAUGAAUUGGCCACACUGAGGAUGUGUAUGCACUACCCUGGGCCGGAAUAAUAUGAACAAAAUCAAUCAAAAUAAUGAAUUUAGAAAUGUCAAAGUGCAAUCUGCAUGUCCAAGCUUGUAGAAAUUACCAAAAAAGGCAUGCAUUCCAGUGCCUUCGGCGUUGUGGGCUUGCCAGCAUUAGCAUGUAGUGACACAGCAGGCUUGUAUCCUCUCCAUGCUAACAAAGAGUCAACAUUCUGCACUUUCAAACGUCAAAAUGUGCCAGCACGUAAAAGCAGCAUGGCAUUUACAACGCAAACAUCUAAUGAAGUGGCACGUCUUGUGUAAUAUUGUGUCUUCUUUCUUGCACAAAACAAAUGUUAUUUCGAGCUGUGGUUUUGUGAACUCCCACUCUUGUUUAUAAGUAGUUUUGUGGUUUGUGGCGUUCAGCACUUUACUGCAGCAGACCGAGUGCGCUGAAGAACCAGCGUCCAAUGGAACAGAACACGGCACACUUUGAUUGCCUCAUCAGACAUUCUGCAUCUCACACACACACACACACACACACACACACACACACACACACACACACACACACACACACACACACACACACACACACACACACACACACACACACACACACACACACACACACACACACACACACACACACAA